AGCGCCAGGGGUGAGCUGGCGGCGGGGGAGGCGGGCAGCGGAGCCAAGCUGACCCGGCGAGCGGAGCCGGGGCUGGAGAGCGGCGACCACUGCGGAUCUCGGAAGGAAGAAAUGAUGUAAAUCACUCAUCCAAACUUUAAGGUCAAAGGUGAGAAGGAAGGUCAGGAAGAACAUGGCCUGGCCAAAUGUUUUUCAGAGAGGGUCUCUGCUGUCCCAGUUCAGCCAUCAUCAUGUUGUAGUGUUCCUGCUCACUUUCUUCAGUUAUUCGUUGCUCCAUGCUUCACGAAAAACAUUUAGCAAUGUCAAAGUCAGUAUCUCUGAGCAGUGGACCCCAAGUGCUUUUAACACAUCAGUUGAGCUGCCUGUGGAGAGUAUCUUUCUGUUGCCCAGGCUGGAGUGGAACGAUCUCUCAGAAAACAUCUCUGCAACCUCCACCUUCCGGGCUCAAGUGAUCCUCCCACCUCAGCCCCCUGAGUAGCUGGGACUACAGUCGCGCACCACCUUGCCCAGCUAAUCUUUUUUUUUUUUUGUAGAGAUGGGGUUUCACCACGUUGCCCAGGCUGGUCUUGAACUCCUGAGCUCAAGCAAUCCACCCGCCUUGGCCUCCCAAAGUGUUGGGAUUAUAAUGUGAGCCAUCACGCCUGGGUAAAAUGCCACGUUUUCAAUCAAGUUUUUUCCCAACUUCUGAUUUUUCCCUUCACUAAAUUCUUGUACACUGUCUUGCAUAUUGUAAUGUCUUGGUAUUUCAAUAUUUUCUAAUGGUUUCUUUUUUUUUUUUUUCUUGAGACAGAGUCUCGCUGUGUCGCCCAGGCUGGAGUGCAGUGGUGCGAUCUCAGCUCACUGCAAGCAUCGCCUCCUAGGUUCACACCAUUUUCCUGCCUCAGCCUCCCAAGUAGCUGGGACCACAGGCGCCCGCCACCACGCCUGGCUAAUUUUUUUUGUAUUUUUAGUAGAGUCGGGGUUUCACCAUGUUAGCCAGGAUGGUCUCGAUCUCCUGACCUCAUGAUCUGCCCGCCUCGGCCUCCCCAAGUGUGGGGAUUACAGAUCUGGAGCAGCAACCAUUUGUUCCCCAGUGCAGAGAAAGCGACUCUUUUCCUCGGAACACUGGAUACCAUUUUCCUCUUCUCCUAUGCUGUGGGCCUAUUCAUCAGUGGCAUCGUUGGGGAUCGGUUGAAUUUGCGAUGGGUUCUGUCUUUUGGCAUGUGCUCUUCUGCAUUAGUGGUGUUUGUCUUUGGUGCGCUCACAGAAUGGCUGCGUUUCUACAACAAAUGGCUGUACUGCUGCCUGUGGAUUGUGAACGGCCUGCUGCAGUCCACUGGUUGGCCCUGUGUGGUUGCUGUUAUGGGCAACUGGUUUGGGAAAGCCGGACGAGGAGUUGUUUUUGGUCUCUGGAGUGCCUGUGCUUCGGUGGGCAACAUUUUGGGAGCGUGCCUAGCUUCUUCUGUUCUUCAGUAUGGUUAUGAGUAUGCCUUUCUGGUGACGGCGUCUGUGCAGUUUGCUGGUGGGAUCGUUAUCUUCUUUGGACUCCUGGUGUCACCAGAAGAAAUUGGUCUCUCGGGUAUUGAGGCAGAAGAAAACUUUGAAGAAGACUCACACAGGCCAUUAAUUAAUGGUGGUGAAAAUGAAGACGAAUAUGAGCCGAAUUAUUCAAUCCAAGAUGAUAGUUCUGUUGCCCAAGUCAAGGCGAUAAGCUUCUACCAGGCGUGUUGCCUUCCUGGAGUCAUACCGUACUCACUGGCCUACGCCUGCUUGAAGUUAGUGAAUUACUCCUUCUUCUUCUGGCUCCCCUUUUAUCUGAGUAACAACUUCGGCUGGAAGGAGGCGGAAGCCGACAAGCUGUCCAUUUGGUACGACGUUGGAGGGAUCAUAGGUGGAACUUUGCAAGGCUUCAUCUCCGAUGUACUACAGAAGAGAGCGCCGGUUCUUGCCCUGAGUCUGCUUCUGGCAGUUGGGUCCCUCAUCGGGUAUAGUCGUUCUCCAAAUGAUAAGUCCAUCAAUGCCCUUCUGAUGACUGUUACAGGAUUUUUUAUUGGUGGACCUUCUAAUAUGAUUAGUUCUGCUAUUUCUGCGGACUUGGGUCGCCAGGAGCUCAUCCAAAGGAGCAGUGAAGCUUUGGCCACUGUCACAGGAAUUGUGGAUGGUUCGGGGAGCAUUGGAGCUGCAGUGGGCCAGUAUUUAGUGUCUCUGAUCCGGGACAAGCUAGGAUGGAUGUGGGUUUUCUACUUUUUCAUUCUCAUGACAAGUUGUACAAUUGUGUUUAUCUCGCCAUUAAUAGUGAGGGAAAUAUUCUCUCUCGUGCUAAGGAGACAGGCUCACAUAUUGAGGGAGUGACUGGUGCCCGUGAGACAGAAAGAACAAUGUCAGCCACAUCAGGACCGCUGGGGCUUCGAGUCUGCCCUAAUUUGGGUUUUGUCUAGGAGCUCCAGCCUGAUCUUGGAUUGUCAGGCGUCUCUCAACACUGCCAGCCACCUGAGAUGCUGACCAGCAGUGAAGGCUGCACUAGUUGUCUACACUACAGGAAUUAUUGUUGAUGAUUUUUGCUGUUGUUUCAUGAAUGUGCCGAGUGACUUCUGACUCUGCCAGCAUCUUUGACCUCUGACUCUGCCAGCGUCUUUGUUUGGCCUAUUGAGGUUUAGCAUUUUAACCUUAACUGUUGUUUUGGACUUGAACUUUCUCUAGCCUUGAAAAUGGAGUGAACAGGAGGCAAAGCCACGCGUGGUUUGUGUUGGUGAUAUGUUCCACAAAUGGAAGAGAUCAUUGCAUUUUGCUUUGGUAAUGAGUUUACAGAGAGUGGCUCAUCUUUGAAGCAUCAAAUCCUGAUCAAAUGCUCAAGCUGGACCGAGCUGCAAGCCUGCCUUGGACAAAGAAUCCCUCUGUUCACUGUGGUGGGAAAGAUCACACUACAUGCCUGUUGAUUGGGUCAGUCACUCUGUGUCUGAUCUAAACGUCAUUCAGCCCUAGAAGAAUGAAUAGCUUCAAAUUAUUGUCAACUUGUUCUCUUCCAUCUUCAUUCAAAUUAACUUUGACUCCUGGAAGUAUUGAGUCUUCCUUUCAAGGACCAUAAGGUACAUCAGUUAUCUUGAACAUUCCAACGUGUAACUCACAGCCGAAGCACUCCAUCCCAGAUUUGUUGUCUGGGAACUUUAGGAUCCUCUAGGAAGCUAAUCUGCUUAGUCUAUUUUUAGAGGAUUGAUCUCUGGCACAACCAGCUUCCUGGAGUUACCUCAGCAGAAGACUAGAAUUAGAGAAAAAGGAAAGACCUUUUCUUCUAGUAAGUGUCAAGUACAGAUGCUCUUUGACUUAUGAUGGGGUUAUGUCCCAGUAAACCCAUUGGAAGUCAAAUGCAUUUAAUACCCCUGACUGAACACCACAGCUUAGCCUCGUCCGCCCUAAAUGUACUCAGAACACUUAGAAUUGCCCACAGUUGGGCAGAAUCAUCUAACACAAACUCUAUUUUAUAAUCGAGUGUUGAAUAUAUCAUGUAAUUUAUUUAAUAUUGUACAUUAUGUUGAAAUUGCAACCAUUUCGCACCAUUGUAAAGUCCAAAAAUCAGAAGCUGAGGACUGUCUGUACGUGACAUUGAAUCACAUGAAUGGAUUACUAGGGUCUGAGGGGUGUCCGUUCUUUAGAAAAAUGUAGAGUAUAUAUAUCUUCAGGGCUGUGAAUUCCAUACGAGUUAUCAAUAUUUUAAGAUCAUUCUGUAUAUACAUAUUUUAAAUUAUGCAAGCAAACUAGGAGGAGAAUGUGCAAUUUUGAGGGAUACCUAAUUUGCAUUCGGUUAGGGGAUAUUUUUCAACCUCUUGCUUUAUACUCUGAUAUGGGGUGUGUUUAUGAACUUUUUAAUGUUAUUUAAUCAUGCAGAUUUCCAAUCAGUGUAUUGCUCAUUUACUGACAAAAAGGGAAAAUACGAAACACAGAAAGGGAAAAUAAACUGACUUUUAUAAUGAA